CAUCAAUGCAAUGGCAGGUAGCAAGUAGCAAGUAGCAAGUAGCAAACAGCAGCAUCAGCAUCAGCAUCGAAAACCAAGCACACACGCCCAUGGCCAAUCCAUGCCCGAACUCUUGGAAGUUUCUUUCCUCUCCAGCAGUCUCGACUCUCGACCGCGCAAACCAGCAGCCAGCUUGCAGACACCCCUCCCCUGGCCCCCAACUCCCCCACCUCUACCUCUCUACCCCAUCCUCCAUGCCCAGCCUCAGCCUCACUCGUGCGGCGAUGCCUCCGCUCACCCCUACCCACACCCACACCCACACCCACAUCCAUACCGUGCCACCAUCCCCCAUCAUCCGAACCCUUACCCCAGCUCAGCCCAGCCCCACAACCACCACAACCACAGCAGCGUACCGCACCCGCGGGCCCAGCCAGCCUGCCUGCCUUGCGCACACACACACACGCGCGCGCGCGCGCGCAUGCAGCGUCCGCCAGCGUCCCCGCCAGCCAGCACGCACGAAAAAGCAGCAGCAGCAGCAGCAUCAGCCGCCACGCUGACAGCGACAACCCUACGCCGUACGUACGCACUCGCGCCCGUGCGACGGCGACGCCACGCGCGUGGGCGUGUGUGUCGUGUGUGUGUGUCUGUGGGUGGGUGGGCGUGUAAGCAAGCAGUGCGUGCGUGCGUGCCUUGCCCUUGCGUCAGACAGACAGACGCGUUGCCUGGGCUGGCCUGGGCUGGCUGGCGAAAUGAACCAAAACGAAACGGGUGCGUGCCGUGGGUAGGGGGUAGGGUGAGGGAAGGAG